GCGGGCAGCUCGCGGCACCCGGCCGGGCCGGCGCGGGAGCGGGAAAGAGUGCGCUAUGCCUUUAACGCCCGCGUACAGUAGGCAUGUAUAGUGCAGUGUAGGGAAACUCUAGGCGGGGUUAAAGUUCAGCCCAUGGAGCGGCACUAGCGCUGGCGGCUGCAGUUGAGCCGAGUUGGAAAUGUGAACGCAAGAAGCAGGCUUGAUUUUUUUUUUCUCCCCCCUUCUCUCUCUCUCCUCUCUCUCUCUCUCCUCUCUCUCUCUCCCCCUCUCCCCCUCUCUCUCCCUCUGCUCUCACCCACACUCACGCACACCUCCGGCCCGCACACCCAGACGCACACGCACACCCCACCGCCCGGCAGUUAUGUAUUCUCCGCUCUGUCUCACCCAGGAUGAAUUUCAUCCUUUCAUCGAAGCACUUCUGCCCCACGUCCGAGCCUUUGCCUACACAUGGUUCAACCUGCAGGCCCGAAAACGGAAAUACUUCAAGAAACACGAAAAGCGCAUGUCGAAAGAAGAAGAGAGAGCCGUGAAGGACGAGUUGCUGAGCGAGAAACCGGAGGUCAAGCAGAAGUGGGCAUCGCGACUCUUGGCAAAGCUGCGGAAAGACAUCCGGCCCGAGUACCGAGAGGAUUUUGUUCUUACAGUUACAGGGAAAAAACCUCCGUGUUGUGUUCUUUCCAACCCCGACCAGAAAGGCAAGAUGCGCAGAAUUGACUGCCUCCGCCAGGCAGACAAAGUCUGGAGGUUGGACCUCGUGAUGGUGAUCUUGUUUAAAGGUAUUCCGCUGGAAAGUACUGAUGGCGAGCGCCUUGUAAAGUCGCCGCAGUGCUCGAAUCCGGGGCUCUGUGUCCAACCCCACCACAUAGGGGUUUCUGUUAAGGAACUCGAUUUAUAUUUGGCAUACUUUGUGCAUGCAGCAGAUUCAAGUCAAUCUGAAAGUCCCAGCCAGCCAAGUGACGCUGACAUAAAGGACCAACCAGAGAAUGGACAUUUGGGCUUCCAGGACAGUUUUGUCACAUCAGGUGUUUUUAGUGUGACUGAGCUAGUAAGAGUGUCACAGACACCAAUAGCUGCAGGAACUGGCCCCAAUUUUUCUCUCUCAGAUUUGGAAAGUUCUUCAUACUACAGCAUGAGUCCAGGAGCAAUGAGGAGGUCUUUACCCAGCACAUCCUCUACGAGCUCCACAAAGCGCCUCAAGUCUGUGGAGGAUGAAAUGGACAGUCCCGGCGAGGAGCCGUUCUACACAGGCCAAGGGCGGUCGCCGGGGAGCGGCAGUCAGUCCAGUGGAUGGCAUGAAGUGGAGCCAGGAAUGCCAUCUCCAACCACACUGAAGAAGUCGGAGAAGUCUGGUUUCAGCAGCCCUUCCCCUUCACAGACCUCGUCCCUGGGCACCGCGUUCACACAGCAUCACCGCCCCGUCAUCACCGGACCCAGAGCAAGUCCGCAUGCAACGCCAUCAACUCUUCAUUUUCCGACGUCACCCAUCAUCCAGCAGCCUGGGCCUUACUUCUCACACCCAGCCAUCCGCUAUCACCCUCAGGAGACGCUGAAAGAGUUUGUCCAACUUGUCUGCCCUGAUGCUGGUCAGCAGGCUGGACAGGUGGGGUUCCUCAAUCCCAACGGAAGCAGCCAAGGCAAGGUGCACAACCCAUUCCUUCCUACCCCAAUGUUGCCACCGCCACCGCCACCACCGAUGGCCAGGCCUGUGCCUCUGCCGGUGCCAGACACAAAGCCUCCAACCACAUCAACAGAAGGAGGCGCAGCCUCCCCCACCUCACCAACCUACUCGACACCCAGCACCUCCCCCGCAAACCGAUUCGUCAGUGUUGGACCACGGGAUCCAAGCUUUGUAAAUAUCCCUCAACAGACACAGUCCUGGUACCUGGGAUAAAAGUUGCAGCAUCCCAUCAUCCACCAGACAGACCACCUGACCCCUUCUCAACUCUGUAACAUGGACGCAACCUCAACCCAGCGCGGUUACAACUUCACUGUCAGUGGAAGGGGAGGAAACCCGAUUCAAAUCAACUUGUACAUGGAAACAGCGAGCAUUAUGGUCAAACAGCAAAGGCCAUAACCUUUUGGGAUUUUGUUUUUAAAAUACUUUAGGGACUGUUGUAAUUUCUCAUAUGGUGCUGGAAAUGGUUGGGCUGUGUAACAUUUGAAGUGUUUCCGUGGUAGCGUGAGCAUUAGGUGACGUGGCGAGGGGAGGACGACUGUUGCUCACUGACUUCCUGUUGUAACAUACUUUCCUUACAGAGCCUGGCUGUUUCACAGUAUUUCAUGAAGUUACCCACACAGGUGUGGGCCUCCCCAAGCAUUCGGGAGGCACACAGAGAACUAAAUCUUUCGUAGUAGCUGAGAUCUGCAAUAUAUAACUUACGGGACAGUCAAAGGGCAAUGUUUUUCUGUAACAUAAUGGAAAAAGAAAAUGCAGUUAUGUUCCUUUUAUAUCUUUUCUUUUAGUUUGGUUUGGUUCAGCAGUCAGCAGUUCAGUAUGUAACAUGGCCCACAAGGACAACGAAUCCACUCACGUUGCAGAGCAAUUCCGAAAACGGCAAACUACUACUACUACUACUCUUCAGUUUUUUAAAAGUUUUGAAAUGCUGCACUUACAUUAAAAAAAAAAAAGAAAAAAAAAAACUAAACAUUUUUCAACAAUUUCAACAAUGACACAAAAAUUCACAUGGAAAUGGGGAAGAUGGUCUGUUUUGACAGAAACUGACAGGAAUCAAUCAAAACAAUCGAAUUUUGAAUUGAGUAAAGUGCAAUUUCAUUGGAUAGCUAAAUAUCUUUGUAAGAUAGAGAUUGUUGAAAAUUCUAUUUUUGUUUUUCAAGUCCUUCCACCCCAGGACUCUAAAUUAUUGGGGUAAAAAACAGCCUUGCAAGAAAAAGGGGAGCUAUUUUUGCUUUUUAUGUUUUUUAUUGUUAAACUUGUAUCCCUUUAAAACCUGAAGGAAAAUUAAAAAAAAAAAAACAAAAAAACAAAUCUAAUGGUGCUUUUACCACAAUAUGUUAACUACAUUAAAUGCUAAUUAAUUAUUUUCUGUUAUCAAAGCACAUAACUAAAGUGAAAUCAUGGUAUCUGUUAAUUUUAUAAGCUAGAAGUCACUAUAAUGAAUUAUGCCAAUUCUGAACAUUUUUACAUGUAUCCGGCAACAUAGGAUUUAUCUGUUAUCAGACACCUCAUUGUACCAGAGAUUGUCCAGAAGUUUUAAAGACCUUUGCGUCCCUGAACUGGGCUAAGGAAAAAAAACAAUAAUAAUAAUAAUAAAAUAAUAAUAAUGAAGCCAAUACUGACACAAACAUUGAUGCCCAUUCAGAUCAAGGGUACUUGUUAGGGAAAAACAAACAAAAAAUGUUUGCACCCCCAAAUGUCCUGUAUCUUAUGUAAAAAAACAAAAAAUGAAAAAACAGAAACAAAAACACAAAAAAAAAGUGCAAGUGAUUUUUCUACCAGACAGCGAAGCACCCCUUUGCUUCCCAUGCAACUUCAAGAAGGUUUCCUAUACUAUACAUAUAUAUACGUUCUGGUUGGCACGCCCCGCUGAUCAGAGAAAGUCUCUGCAUGUUCUAGUGUUAGUAACUAAUUUUUAUAUAGUUAAUGUAGGAUAAAGUAGAGUGCAUUAAGACACAAUAUUGUAAUCCCUCCUCUAGGCACUUGCCUUUAAACUAUGUUUUUCAGCCCUUCAGAAGGGCUCUACUACUGUCCUAUACAAUCAAGUAACUGAAAUUCUGGGGAAGACACUUUGCUCUUCAUCUUUCCCCCCUGAAACAAUGUUGUUUUGUUUUGUUUUUUUUCCUUAAUUUGCACGAAAACAAAAAUUCCAUAUCAAUGUGCCUUGCCCUGGAUAGCGAUUAUUUGUGGAAUUGUUGCACAUGCUCCUCUAUUUGAAAGGGGGUUUUUCCCUGGUCAAGCAUUUGGAGACACUUUUUGUAAAUGUGACUUUUCUGUCAGCCAUCGUCAGUUUCAACAUCUAGAACUCACUAGAAAGUUAGCUGUUCCGCAGAUAGGAGUAGUCUUUAUUGUCCUGUGUGGUCAGUGGCAGUGCUAUUCUGAGAUCUGUAGAUGCUUAGAAUAUCAGUAUUUUGGAUGUUGCUGCAUUUUACAAUUUAUUUGGAGUCUUCCUUUAUUUUCCCCCAGAUAUAUGAAAAUAUGCAAUACCUGCUUAUAUCAUGUAGAAAAGCUUAGCAAUUAUUAAUUUUUCUUUUAUUUUUUUUAUUUGACCAAAGUCGGUGCUGCACUUGACGCAGUGUGUUUUAGGUGUUUGUCUUUGUACUUUUUUGUGAUUUUUGAAUGCACGUGCGCAGGAAGGGCUCCUCUUAGAGAAGCAGUCAAACUGUGAAGCACUAAGCUGACCCUGCUUCAAGCAAUUUUGUUUUUACAACUGUUCCUUUCACAAGCAAGCCUUAAAAAAAAAAAAGACAACUUCCUUUUUCUUCAGCUCCCACACCCCAUUUUUCUUAGCAGACUGCAGUCAAUCCACAUUCAAUAAAAAGUAUAUAAUGCCCAUUUUUAUAUGCACGUUUUUAAACUUCCAAGUUCUGAAAAUUGUUUACUGGUUAUCUCUAUUUAAGGAAAAAAAAAUAAAAUAAAACAUUUUGGAUUUUCAUAUGUGUCUGAUAAGUGGUUGAAUAGUCGUUGGCGCUGUCGUAUGGUGUGAUUGUCAGUGUACGGUGUCACUUCCUAUAGCCAGCCAGCAUACUUUGCCUUCCCCUAUAGCACUUAGCUGGGCAUUACUUUAUUAUGACAUAUGUGCACUAAAAAAAAAAAAAAAAAAGAAAAAGAAAGAAAGAAAAAAAAUAGCAGCUUUCAGUGCUUCACAGUGAAGGGAAAAAAAGCCUAGACAAACAUUUUGUCAGAACCUUGCAAUAAGCCAAGGUAUUACCAGUAAAUUGGUUGUAUAUACAAUAAAAUUGCACCCUUUUUUAAACAAAACAAACUAAGCAAUAGUUUGGGCAGUUUUAGUUGUUUUUAGCGAGCAUGUUGUAGUCAUGACUGCAAAGAGAGAGAAUAAGCUGCCCACUCAGAAGAUAUGUAAUUUGUAUUGCUGUAUAGUUUUAUUGAUUACACUGAUUUAUUCUACCCUAUUUUAUAAUGCAGGACUUUUGUAAUGUUGUUUAAAUGAGGAAAAAUUUCUGUCAAAUUAGCCUAGUGAAAUUUCUGAUUGUUCAUUAUAAAGGCAGCAUUCAUAGAAUUGCUUUUCUUCCUUUCCCUAACCCCUUUCGGGAACUGGAUUUAAGUUUAAAACUUCCCUGUUUCCUUUUUUUUUUUUUUGUAAGUAUUUAAAUACAGGAAUUUUUUUUUUUCUCAAUGGUAUGGCAUAUUCCUAUGCAGGAGUAUAGGUCUACUGAAAAACCAUUGGCAAUGGACGUUACAGGUAUGCUGUAUUUUUGAAGGUAUUUUGUCAUUAAGUUUGAUGAAGCUAAAAUUAGGCAACUUUGAACAGAUUUGCAGGAAAAAAAAAUGUUUUAAAGGCUUUAAAACAUUAGGGAGGCAGUCUAGAGUGAUCACGAACAGGGGUUAAGUAUUAAAUACACUAAGUUCCAAUUUUUGUUCAUGUUUCAUUGUCCAGAAAGCAGCAGGAAACUGUAGUUCAGUUGUGAUCAAACAGGAAAAGAAACAGCAACAGGACGAGUGUCUGGCUUUUCAGAGUAAAAGCCCAGUGAAGAUGUUUGAGGAAGACGUUGCUCCCCGGGGGGGUGUAGACAGACAGACCGAGAGCUAUCAGCAUCGGAAGGCCCAGCCCUUGGUUCCGAGACACAUUUGGAUUUUUGCUCUGCCAUCUGAUGGCAUUCGCAGGAUUGGCCAACGUGAGCCCCUCUAACGACGCUGUGUGUUUUCUGUGGGAACUCAAGUCAGAGGCACAAACACUAAGUCUUACUCUGUCCCCUACACCUUUUCUCCUGGCCCUUCUGGGUGCCACUAAAGCGCUCCUUUUCCCAUCCUCUCUCCAUCCUGGAGCCUCCUGCCGCCACCUCUUGGCCUUUCUGCUGCUUGGCGCCCUGGCAGACAGUUCUUUGUGGUCCGCGCACCCUGCCCUCGCCCCACCAUCGGGGCCGGGCUCUGGGCAGGCGGGUGAGGCUACACUUCUCGAAGCGUGUACUCUUCAUUUUCCAACAAAGUGGAAAGGAACCCAAACUUUCCAGAGUCACCGUUUUCAGUCCGCCCACAGGAAUAUGCGAAAUCCAUCUCCAGAAAGUUUGUCUUUCACUUUUUCAAACCCUUAUCCCCAUGUGCUUUGAAUUCGGUAGUUACAGUGUCAUAAAGCAUUUAUGAAACUGGGAUUAAGGAAAACAUUUUUUCCCCUGUGAUUUUUGUUUGUUUGUUGUUUUUGGUUUUGGUUGGGGGGAGGGUGGUUUUAAGAAUGUCACUUAAUGUACUUGGCAUUGCGUCUCUGGAAAUAUCUCUUUGUCCACAGUGGUGGUAGUCAGUCAGUCUCUCUCUCUCUCUCUCUCUCUCUCUCUCUCUCUCCCCCUCCCUUUCUCUCCUGUCUGUCUUUGUCUCUCUGCUUCUUGUUUGCUCCUGUUCUCUUCCUUUCUCUCCUGUGUUUGGGUAGCAGGCCUCCAUAGAACAAAUCCACAACGCAAACAGCAUGGUAAUGUAAGGAGAGCUUCCGCGGCACCUCCCGCCCUCCAAGACCUGGCACGAGACAGCCUCAGAAAGCUGCCCUGCCCACUGGCACAGCUUUCAUUCCAGUAGGCUUCCAAGGCCAAUUCUGUCUUGAAGUCAAUGCAUGUAUUUACUGUUUGACAGUAAACCCGCUCUGCCUUCUCCAUGUCCAAGGCUGUGCAUUGGUCUAAUUAGCGUUGUGUAUGUUUCCCUUUUAUUUUUUCCAAUAAAAAAGCAGUGGGAUGAAAAUUGCUUUGAUAUAUAGCAGGUAACAUUGAAGCUAUUCCAUAGCACUUAGCUGUAGUGAAUACUGUGUCACCCAUUCUGAAAUCAAUUUAAUGUUUAAUGCAAAUCCAUUACAUGGUGCUAUUACAGGCUGACAAAAUGAUUUACACAAAUGUGACAACUUGGGCUCAAUUCACUCUGCUUUCCAACAGUGUAAAUGCAUAGCAGUGUUUAUCUGCAUGAGAACUAUGCACUAAUCUAUCUGAAGAAAAAAAAACUAUAUCAACUUUGGUAUCUACUUUCCGUUUACUUCAAUCCUUGCCUUUUUGGUCAUUGUUAUAAUGCCAGCUUUAGGACAGAAAGAAUUAUAAGAAAACCAGCAUAAUACCUGAUAUAUUAAAAUGUAGUGCCUGUGAUAUCUGUAUUAUAUUGCUCUUCGGACGUAAGAAUUUUCUACACCGGUAGCCUUCGCUGUCUGUCAGUCAGGACCUUCUGGUAUAGGUGAUGUAAAAUAACCGUACAAUAUUAAUGCAUGCUAUUCCAUAAUGCUUAGUGACUGUAUGAAUAUUACUCAAAGUUAUGUUAGUUUUCUUUUUUUUUUUCUGACUAGGUUCUUGUCAGCUAGGUUUAAGGUAUUUCACUGAGAACGCAAAUUCUGUCUUUUCUUGAUUUCGGCUGUUUUCAGUAUUUUGGAGGUAUACAUGGACUUAAAUUCAGUAUUACUUGUGUUUUGUUUUUGUUUUCUGUUUUCUUUUUUCCUAGGGGACAAGCAUGGGUGUUUGAUUUCAGAAAUCAGUACCUGGUGAGAUUUUUUUUGUCUCAAAAGUAUCAUUUGGAUUUCAAGCACUCUGCUACGAAGACACUUUGAGAACAUUUUCAAGUGAGAGACAUUUUCCUGGACCCCCAACGGGAGCUAUGCGGAUGCGGAAGCGUUUUCUUAAUGGACAGUGUUCAGCCAGGUACCCAUGCUUGCUCCGUCUUCACACCAGACCUCCUCAUGUUAAAAGAAAAAAAAUUGAAAAAAAAAUCUUUAAGAAAUCAUGUGGCUAUUUAGUUUCAUGCACAGUUACAUUAUUUUCUUCAAAAAUAAAACUCUGUACAAACUUUGGGCCCGAUUCAUAAGAAAACGAAGUUUGCUAUUAACACGGGAAUUUUUUUUUAAAUAUACUUUUUUUUUUUAAAUCAAAAUUUGACAACUACUUGCUUCCCAAAUUAAAGAAGUUGCAUCCCGUCCUCCCCUCUCCACCCCACCCAACCUAGCACCUGUCUGCCUUUUUUUCCCCAAAAAGGGUCACAUUAACCAAAUUAGGGGCACAGGGUACAGGGGAGCAGGUACAAGAAACUGCUCACAGAGCCCCAGGGACCACCCCAGGGGGCCUGAGAACUGGGAGGCAGCGUGUGCAACUCGGCCCUUGUGGCCAUGGCGGCUGCCCUGCUGUGGACUUGCGUGAGUUGAUUCAAAAUCCAAACCUUCCAAAAAUGCGUCUGGACCACAGGAGUAUACAGAGGAAGCGCUACCUCUAACCUGCCCAGAGCACCUUUGUGGCGGCCCACGCCCACCGGGCCCUAGAAUGUGAACCUUCCUCUGUCUCCAGUGGUGUAAAGGACAAGUAGUAUCCAGACAGUUGGGCCAUUUUUUUUCCUGCAGUUUUUAUGCUCAACUUCUCAAAAUAACAAAAUCAUUUUUUUUCCCCUUUCACUCUAUUAGGACUCUUAUUUUUAAAAUUUUUUCUUGGGGUAGUCUGUAAAUUCACCUCUUUUUCUUCUCCUUUCUAGCAGCUUGAUGGAGGGUCAUGAGGCCACUGGCCACACUGGGAGGGAGGUGGGAGCGAGCGGCCAGCCUGAUUCUCGCUCCCUAGUCUCAGACCAUGGCCUCUGCCCUGCGAGGGAGUUUGGUAGCCUCAUGGCUGAGAUCCCAACCAGGUGGACCAAGAGCUAUCUCAGGUCCUAUGAGGUCCUUUGGGAGAUUCUCAAAGGCAAAUCCAUGACCCCCUGCCCCAUCCUUAGCCCCAACCUCUCCCCAGGACAGUGCUAACUGGGGACCUUUUCCCACCACACGUGGACAUCUGUCCAUUCAGAACACCUCCAUUUGUCAUUUCGAAUUGUUGGGGGAGGGACUGAAAACUUCUGUGGUUGGAAGCAUCUGUUGUGCAAACUCACACCCCCGUGUUAAUAACUGAGUCGGAAAUCUAUUUUUAUGAGCCGGGCCCCCUGUGCCUCUAGUAUACUUGUACUGACUCUCAUAGUUACCCUUUUAGUUUUACUGUGUUCUGUGAAAAUUUGUAAUUGGUUGAGAAUCACUGUGGGCGUCCAUUCUUAUUCAACUAAAUCUCCACAGGUUUUUUGAGCUGGUGUGGAUUAGUUUAACUCUUGUAUUCAACCAUUAGUGCUACCACCUUCUCACAUUACAAUACAAUUACUGGAAGCAAGUACUGCAUUUCCUAUGCAACAAAAAAGGAAAAAUAAAAAAAUUGCUAAUGCUA